AUGUUUGGCCCGGCCGGGCAGCCUGCUCAAAUACCCUUUUUCGCGUUCCUUUCUAUCAAGGCGACUAUUCUUCGCCUACAGCCGCAGCAGAUUAUCAUCCACAGCUACGAUCUCGAUACCAAGAAUAGCUAUUGGAAGCUAUUAAAGCCGUAUGUGACGCUCCGCAUCCAUGACAAAAACCAACUCAAGGGGCCUGAUAAUCGACCACUCGAUGACUUCGCUCUCGCUCAUCAAGCGGAUUUCCUCCGCCUUUCAAUAUUGUCCAAAGAAGGCGGCAUCUACUUCGAUACAGACGUCUUCCCACUGCGCUCAUUCUCACAUCUGUUAAACUCACCACGAGAUGUCUUGAUGGGUCACGAAGGCGGUAAUCGAUAUGGUCUCGGGAACGCCAUCAUCCUGGCUCGUCCCAGGAGCGAGUUCGUCCGGCUCUGGAUCAAGACCUACGACGACAACGCCUUCAACCCCAAGAACUGGAAUGAGCAUUCCAUCCUCAUGCCCAAACGUCUCCAGGUGCGCUAUCCACAAUUGAUCUGUCCGCUAUCACCCGCAGCAUUCUUCUGGCCGACCUGGGCGAAGAAGCAUCUCAACUACAUGUUUGAAACACUUGGUCCGCGACCUAUCCCACCGGUUGGUGUCGAGGGACCUGCGGUGCAGGAACUGCGGCGUAACAUGACGGCCUAUGGAGGAGCUAUGUAUGCUAAUCAGCUAGCGCUGCACAUUCGAGCGAAUCAUAUCACCGAGGAGGAUAUCAUUCGGGAAGAUACGAGGUUUAAUAUUCUGCUUCGGGACGUGGUGGAGACGCCUCUGCCGUGA